GGGUAAAGAAGGGAGUUUUACUUAAUAUAAGAAGGUUGGCUUUUGCGAUAGUCUGCUAAAGUGCUCUGAAAUUUUAACGAGUUAAAGUGAAAUACGUUUUAUAUUUCUGUGAGUUUUUCUUCAUGGUUUUAUGAGAGCAUAAUUAUUUGAAUGAGAGUCCAAGUCUUCGUUGUACUUUAAAUAAUAUAUACGUACGAUAUGGAUUUGUGGAAACAAACAACACCUACAUCGCCACCCACCGAUUUAUCAUGCUUACUACCAGCAACACCACCACCACCACCACCAGCUGAUUUAUCGUGGGAUGAGCCAGGAGAGGGAUUGUGGAAACAAACAACACCUACAUCGCCACCUACCGAUUUAUCAUGCAUACUACCAGCAACACCACCACCACCACCACCAGCUGAUUUAUCGUGGGAUGAGCCAGGAGAGGGAUAUAAUCCAACGGAAAAGUGUUUACUGAAACCCAUCAUUUUACCAAUUCCACCAGGGUUGAGCAAAAAACAGAAGAAGGCGUUCAGAGAGCGUGAGCGUCAGCGUCAUGCAUUAUUUACAGCGCCACAAUGUUACGUAUUUAAAUAAA